AUGCCCGAAGAACAACCCUGGCACGCCUCCUUCCCCGCCCCCAAAACCACUGACCCCGCGUCCCUCCCACGCUCAACACUGCUCAAAUGGCUGCAACCAGACAGCUCCCGAAACCCCGGAUCCGACUUCCUCGUCAUCGAUCUGCGCAGGAAUGACUUUGAAGGCGGCUCGAUAAAGGGCUGUCUUAAUCUCCCCGCGCAGAGCCUAUACCCGUCGCUGCCGACAUUGUUUGCGCUCGUGAAGGGUGCGGGGGUAAAGGAUGUUAUAUUUUAUUGUGGUACGUUCGCUAGUCUCUUCCCUGGAGUGGGAGUGUGGCGUUGGGCGGUUUUGGGAAUAGUCUGA